AUGACCUAUCCAACAAAGCAUCAGGAAAUCGUGGACAAGGACGAGAGACUGCAACAGUUAGGGCCUGAGUUUCUUCUUUUCAGCAAUUUCUUGUUUGGUUUCAGAAGCAAAGGUGGUGUGACAAGCAUGUCUUCUUGCCGAUGCACGAUCACUGAAGAACGUCACAGUCAUCAGCGACUGCCUCA